AUGACUCCUCAGUUUUCAUUACAAGCAGAUCCCUUUGAAAUUGAUCGAGAGUUGACGUUAGAUUACAUUGAAAGGUUCUUCACUUUCGUGGACAAGCAAAUUUCUUUAGCGAUACCUAAGGCUUCGUUUGUGCCAUGGGUGAGAAACUGUAAGCAUAAGUCCCUGUCGGACCAGAUGAUGAUUUACGCAGUCAUGGCGGUUGGCUCGGUUUUUGUGGAAGAUUCGACCCCACAUACUUGGACCUCUGUUUUGUCAGAAAACGUGCAAGAAGGAAUAAACCAGUGUGGUGGCAUCCUCACGUUUCAAUUGGCGGCAACAUAUCUCCUAUCAACGUUGUUGGCCAUCUCACGAGGGGAGUAUAAGCGAGCAUGGAAUUCCUCUGGUUCGACAAUACGCACGAUUCUUGGCCUGCAGUUUAAUACGGAAGCAGGCAUUUCUGCUGCAUCAAGAAGUGGAGCAUGGGAAUCUCUCUUCGAGAUCACCACCCUUGUUGAUUCACCGUUGUCCGACUAUGACUUAUGCUUGCCACGUAUUGGAAACCCUUUCCAGUCAAGAGAAGCGAUCGACCUAGAAUCACUCAGACCGUUGGAGACAGCAGAAUGCAAUCCAGGACCUGCGGACCGAUCUGGAGAUCUGGAAACUUUCGGUCAUCUGAUACAGAUAGCAGCAAUGUUUCAUGAAGUCGUUAAGUUUUCUUACCACCAGCAAUACCACCGAACUUCAGCAGAUGUCAAGACAUUUCUGUCGUUCUACGGCGAAAUUGAAACACGCUUGAACAUCUGGAAGAAGUCUUUGCACAAGGCUCCAAAUCAGAGUGGAAAGAAGUUGUGCUUUUUCAAUUUACAAAUAUUAUACCACUACGCGAAUCUACACUUGCACCGCUAUGUUUGUCAUGCAGCAUUGGAUCCUGUGGCCAACGCAGGACAUGUUAGAGCCGCAUACUCAAACGCUCACCAAAUACUAGAACUCGUGCAGUAUCUUAACAGCGAUGAGAAAACGAAAAACUCACUUACUGACUUAAAGAUCACAAGCCCCUGUAUCGAAUAUGCAAUCACAACGGGCCUGGACGUCCUCACCGCAGCCGGGAAGGUUUCGGACUUGAUCAACUCUGGGAAAAUCAUGUCGGUGAUCGCAAGCGGUCUCGAAGUUCUUGACGACCUGGCCAGGUUCUCAUAUAGUGCUCAGCGACAAAGGGACUUAGUAAAGCGCCGGCUGACGACGAUGCUAAAGGUGAUGACACGAAGAUCGUGGGACCGGCGAAGGGCGUUUUAUUUCAAGAAUCCAAUACUGUUGCGGUACGGCAUGGAUCAGGAUAUUGUAUAUGGUAUUACGAGACUGGAGUACAUCCAAGCUAUGGAUCUACAGGAUGGUAUUACUGCGGACGACUUCUUCGAGUUGAUGGAAGAUGCAUAG